GCUGCCCCUGAUGUAGGGUGGACUUGCCGCCGUCCGGGCCGGGCUGUCAGUGCGCCUGCGCGCGCGGGCCAGGCACCGCGGUCCUUGAGUGUGCUGCGCUGGGGCGCCGGGUGGAGCCAUGCGGAGAUCCGGCUGCGAGCAGCCCCCAAAGCGGCCCCGCUGCGAUGGCAGCCCCCAAACCCCUCCGAAUACGCCUCCCGCUGCGGCCAACUGCUCGCCGGGCCCCAAACUCCACUCCGACCACCGGACCUGGGACCCGGAGCAGGUGUGCUCCUUCUUGGAGCGCAGCGGCUUCAGGGAGCCGGGACUGCUGAGAAACAUCCGAGAAAAUAAAAUCACGGGUUCAAUCUUGCCCUUUCUUGAUGAGUCUCUUUUUGAAAAUCUUGGAGUAAGUUCCUUGGAGGAGAGGAAGAAACUGCUUCAUUAUGUCCAACAAUUGAGCCAAACUCACAUGGAGACAGUGAAGGUAAUUAAUGAUCCUAUCCAUGGCCAUAUUGAGUUCCAUCCUCUCCUUAUCCGAAUCAUUGACACGCCUCAGUUCCAGCGGCUUCGGUAUAUUAAACAGUUGGGAGGUGGUUACUAUGUAUUCCCAGGAGCUUCACACAAUCGAUUUGAACAUAGUUUAGGGGUAGGGUACCUUGCUGGAUGUCUGGUUCGCACACUGCAUGAAAAACAACCAGAGCUGCAGAUAAGUGAGCGAGAUAUGCUCUGUGUUCAGAUUGCGGGGCUUUGCCACGACCUUGGUCAUGGUCCAUUUUCUCACAUGUUUGAUGGAAGAUUUAUCCCACUGGCUCGCCCAGAUGUGAAGUGGACGCAUGAACAGGGCUCGGUUCACAUGUUUGAGCAUCUGAUUGAUUCUAAUGGACUCAGAGAUGUCAUGAAACAUUACGGUCUCAUCCCUGAAGAAGAUAUUUGCUUUAUCAAGGAACAAAUUGCUGGAAUACUUGACUCACCAGUCAAAGGAUCUUUGUGGCAGUACAAAGGACGUCCUAAACAGAAAAGUUUCCUGUAUGAAAUCGUGGCUAAUAAAAGAAAUGGCAUUGAUGUCGACAAAUGGGAUUAUUUUGCCAGGGACUGUCAUCAUCUUGGAAUCCAAAAUAACUUUGAUUACAAGCGCUUUCUUAAGUUUGUCCGUGUCUGUGAAGUGGAGGAUGAGAAGCAUAUUUGUACUAGAGAAAAGGAGGUUGGGAAUCUGUAUGACAUGUUCCACACUCGCAACUGUUUACACCGAAGAGCUUAUCAGCACAAAGUGGGCAACAUCAUCGAUACAAUGAUUACAGAUGCCUUCCUCAAAGCAGACCCCUACCUAGAGAUUGAAGGUGCUGAAGGGAAGAAGUAUCGCAUUUCUACAGCAAUCGACGACAUGGAGGCCUUCACCAAGCUGACGGAUCACAUUUUCCUGGAGAUUUUAUACUCUUCUGACCCCAGAUUGAGCGCUGCACGAGAGAUUUUGAAAAAGAUCGAAUGCCGUAAUUUAUACAAGUAUGUGGGUGAGACCCAGCCCGGGGGAAAAGAAAAGAUCCAAAGGGAAGACUACGAACAUCUUCCAGAAGAGGUUGCCUGUGCAAAACCUAAUGAAGUGCUCCUGGAGGUCGAGCUGAAGGCGGAAGACUUCAUAGUGGAUGUUAUCAACAUGGACUAUGGGAUGAAAGACAAGAAUCCGAUUGAUCAUGUUCACUUCUAUGGCAAGAGGGACCCCCGAACAGCAAUCAAGAUUUCUAAAAAGCAGGUCUCACGCUUCCUGCCAGAGACAUUUGCAGAGCAGCUGAUUCGUGUGUACUGUAAGAAGACAGAUGAAAAGAGUCUGUUUGCUGCUACACAACAGUUUGUCCAGUGGUGCAAAGUCCGAGACUUCACCAAGCCACCGUGGGGAGGAGUCACUGAGUAUUUAAGACCUGCCAUGCUGCUGUAAUUAUGAGCACGCAUGCAUGCUGCUGGAUGAGUCCGUGGGAGUAAGGAGGUAUGUCUACCUCAACCAGAGUGGCCCCAGAAAGCAAACCAUUGACACCUCCGGCUGCAGAUGUCCCGGCACUGGGAGAGGCUUUUCCUGGGGAUGGGAGUAGACACUACUAGAGCACUUGCAUGCCUUGCACCUAGGUACAUCCACUCAUCGAGUUUUUGUUGUUUUACCCUGUGUUAGGUACCAGGGAUGGGACAGUACUGAAGGUGGACAUAGUUCCUUAGUCCCAAGGGUCUCACUCUAAUUGGGGAUAAAAACACACAAAUAGGCUAUGGUCUCAGUAAAGUACCUCAGUGGGGCUGGGUACAGAGCUUUAGAGGAAGCUCUGGUCAGAUUUGUUGUGCUGCAGGUGGUUGUCAGGAUCUUUUGAUGCCACAAAAGAGGCCAGGCUCAGGAAGGAUGUUUGUUUAUGUCAAUACUGGGGUUUGAACUCAGGGCCUCACUCAUGCCCCCAGCCCUUUU